AUGGAAAUUAGAUCAUUGAUUUGUAGAGGGCGAAAGAAAAAAAUUAUCACUCUAAUAUUUAUUGUAAUGUUUUUAAUAAAUGCUAUGUUUUAUGUCAGUUUCGAAUUAUACAAUACAAUCAAGAAGAGGCAUAAAAAUCAGUGGUUUAAGAGGUUACACUUUGAUCAGGAUUCCUACAUAGAUAAGAGUGGUAUGAGAGUUAUUGUUGGUCACUAUGUUGGAGGUUAUUCAGGAGGUAAUUUGUCACAAGAAAUAAUAAAUGCUAACAAUUAUGCUCCUGUUGAGGGAGCAGGUGAAGGUGGAAGACCUGUUCAGUUGUCACCUAGGGAAAUAAUUACAGCAAGAGAGCUUUUUGCACUACAUUCUUAUAAUAUAUUAGUUGGUGAUAGAAUUAAUAUUAACAGAAGUCUUCCAGAUGUGCGUAGUGAGAGUUGCAAAGAAGUAAAAUAUAAUAUUGACAAUCUACCAACAGCAAGUAUCAUUAUAGUAUUUCAUAAUGAAGCCUGGUCUACUUUGAUGAGGACCGUGAUGUCAGUUAUUUUGAGAUCUCCCCCAACAUUAUUAAAACAGAUAAUUCUUGUAGAUGAUGCAAGUGAGAGGAAAUACUUAGGCAAAGAAUUGGACGAUGCAGUAUCUAAUCUUGAGAAGGUUCACAUAUUAAGAAGCUUAGAGAGAAAAGGUCUUGUUGGUGCUAGAUUAAUAGGUGCCAGAACAGCUACUGGGGAUGUUUUGGUAUUUUUAGACGCUCACUGUGAGGUAACGCCAGGGUGGCUUGAGCCAUUAUUGGAAAGAGCUGGCAGCGACGAUGUUUUUAUUUGUCCCCAUAUAGAUCUACUUUCGGAAGACACUCUAGCUUAUACGAAAAGCAUUGAUGCUCAUUGGGGUGCUUUCAGUUGGCGCCUUCAUUUUCGCUGGUUGAUGCCGAGUACCGAGGUUAUGAUGCAAAAAUCUGAAAAUCCCUCUAAACCUUAUCCGACACCUGCAAUGGCCGGUGGUCUUUUUGCAGUAAGAAAAAGCUUAUUUUGGCGCUUAGGGGGUUAUGAUGAGGGCAUGUUGAUUUGGGGUGCCGAAAACUUGGAACUUUCUUGGAGAGCUUGGCAGUGUGGCGCAAGGGUCGAAAUAACGCCAUGCUCCCGUGUCGGACAUAUAUUUAGAAGACACAGCCCUUACAAAUAUCCUGGAGGGGUCUCCAAAGUCUUGAAUUCAAAUUUAGCCCGAGCAGCAUCAGUUUGGAUGGAUGAAUGGGCCGAUUUCUUUUUUAAAUUUAAUCCUGCAGUAGCUGCAAUACGUGAUGAGCAAAAAGUAGGUGACAGAGUAGAACUGCGUAGUAACUUAAAAUGUAAGAGCUUCGAAUGGUACCUGAAAAAUGUGUGGCCGCAACAUUUUUUCCCUACAAAGGACAGAUGGUUUGGAAGAAUUCGGAAUGAUAGAGGCGGUUGUAUAGGCGUAAUAUCCGGAACACCUGGCCUUGGUGGUCCAGCAUCUAAGGUGCGUUGUGGCAGCGAUUUGGAUCUUGAUAGUCUGUUAGUUUAUACUCAAGAAGGUAAAAUUAUGGCUGAUGAGGGAUUAUGCUUAGAACAAGGAAACGGGCGGGCUGUGUGGAAAAGUUGCAGCGACAAUAGAAAACAGAUUUGGAAGCAAGAAGGACCUAGGUUGAAAACAAAUGACGGUCUGUGUCUGACAUUAUUAAUUAAUCAAAGCGCAGAUGUUACUGACACUCCAUUAACAGCAAAGAGGUGUAUCAAAACAGAUGAACAAAUAUGGCAUUUCGAACGAGUACCUUGGCGGUAG